GCUGCCACAACCUUCUGCAGACCAAGUUCCAAGGAAGAGUCACUGCUGAGCUGACUGGGUGUAAAGCACAAGGCGAAGAACCUAGAAUGCCCAUCUAAGAAGGUCUCAAGUCUGCAGAACCUGGAACCUGGAAGCCACAAGUCUUCAAGAACCCAGACUUCUUGAUCUCCUCUGAAGAACCCUGCUUUCUCCAAGCACCAGUCAUCCUACCAGGGCAUUCUCUAUGUACAAAAUGGAUUAUUCCUACCUUAAUUCCUAUGACUCCUGCAUGGCAGCCAUGGAAGCAUCAGCCUAUGCAGACUUUAACUCUUGCAGCCAAGCCAAUACCUUUCAGUAUAACCCCAUCAGGACCAGUUUUGGAGCCAGUCCUGGAUGCCCACCUCUGACCACGGCCAACUGCACCUUGGGGGCCUUGAGAGAUCACCAGCCAUCUCCAUACUCAACAGUGCCGUACAAGUUUUUCUCAGACCCGUCCAGCAUCAACGAGAAGAGGAAACAGAGAAGGAUCCGGACAACGUUCACCAGUUCCCAACUCAAGGAGCUCGAACGGGUCUUUGCCGAGACGCAUUACCCAGACAUCUACACCAGAGAAGAGCUGGCCCUCAAGAUAGAUCUGACCGAAGCCAGGGUUCAGGUCUGGUUCCAGAACAGGCGGGCCAAGUUUCGUAAGCAGGAGAGAGCGGCCAAUUCUAAAAAUGGAAGUGCCACCAACGGAGGAUCGGGCAACAAAAAGUCUGACCCGCGUUCUUCUUCCGAAGACGACGAGUCUAAAGAGUCUAACUGUAGUCCGACCCCAGACAGCACGGCCUCUUUGACCACUGCGGCCAACCUCAACAGCCCAGGCGAUAGCCUGAGUCCCAGCCCUGGAACAGGUACAGGCCUUGUUCCUAAUCAUGCAGCCCAGUCCCUCAAAUCCCCCGUUUGGCCUGGUGUUCCCACCAGCAACAGCAACACCACGGCCGACCUUCUCAAGGCUUGGCAACCAGCUGAUGCUGUUCCUGGGCCCUUUGCCGGAGUUUUAUCCACAUUUCAUAGGAAGCCGAACACCCUGAAGACAAAUUUGUUUUAAGUCACACAAGACAAGAUCGUAACAAAUCACAAAUCAACAUAAAUAGACAAA